AUGAAGUCAAAUCGUGGUGAGGAGCUGCCAGAGGACUUCUGGAUACCCGUCCCUCUGGACACCAACAACAUCACAGCACUCAGCCCUUUCCUUGUUCCCCAGGAUCACUUGGGGAGCCCGGGCGUCUUCUACACAAUGGCAGGAUUUAUGUUUUUCGUAUUUGUGGUGGGCACCAGCAUCAACACCCUGACCAUUGCAUGCACCGUCAAAUACAAAAAGCUGCGGUCCCACCUUAACUACAUCCUGGUGAAUUUGGCUGUGGCGAACCUUCUUGUAUCCUGUGUGGGCUCCUUCACUGCCUGCUGCUCCUUUUCAACCAGAUAUUUCAUUUUUGGAGCGCUAGCAUGCAAGAUUGAAGGUUUUAUGGCAACACUCGGAGGUAUGGUCAGCUUGUGGUCUCUGGCUGUGAUAGCUUUUGAAAGAUGGCUGGUUAUCUGCAAGCCACUUGGUAACUUUAUUUUCAAGCCUGACCAUGCUAUAGCUUGCUGCGUAUUCACCUGGGUGUUUGCACUUAUUGCCUCACUUCCUCCUCUGUUUGGAUGGAGCAGGUACAUCCCAGAGGGUCUGCAGUGCUCCUGUGGACCAGACUGGUACACCACAAACAACAAAUACAACAAUGAAUCCUACGUGAUGUUCCUUUUCUGCUUCUGCUUUGCUGUUCCCUUUACCACCAUCAUCUUCUGCUACUCACAGCUGCUCAUCACACUGAAAAUGGCAGCGAAGGCUCAAGCGGAGUCUGUCUCCACCCAGAAGGCAGAGAGGGAGGUGACCAGGAUGGUGGUUCUCAUGGUGAUGGGCUUCCUGGUGUGCUGGUUGCCCUACACUAGCUUUGCCCUUUGGGUGGUGAACAACCGAGGGCAAUCGUUCGACCUGAGACUGGCCACCAUACCCUCCUGCUUUUCGAAGGCCUCUGCAGUCUAUAACCCUGUCAUCUACGUCCUGUUCAAUAAACAGUUUCGUUCAUGCAUGAUGACGAUGCUGGGGAUGGGAGGAGAUGAGGAGGAAUCAUCAACAACACAGUCAGUUACUGAAGUCUCCAAAGUUGGGCCUGCUUAA